AUGAUCAAUCAUUUUAUUUAAAUAUUAAAUCUAGAAGUAGGGAUGAAGUAUUUAAGUUGGAUCCUGGAUAAAAUGUAAAAAAAAUGUGUAAAUAAAUUAAGUAUAAAAUAACUUGAUUUUAGAAAUUUAUAAUAAAAAGAAUAGUAGAGCCUUGCACUUUAGCAGUCUAAUUUAAUUCAGAAUCCUAAAAAUAAAAGUCUUUUUGGUGGAUUGA